CCCGGCUCAAGUCAAGAACAAAGAUGGCAGUGAGGGCGAGUGUUAGCAUCAUGAAUGCUCAUUUGGAGGCCUGGGGUGCCAAAAACGUCUAAACCUGGAGGGAGGGAUUAAGACAGAACAAGUGAAAAGAUUUCACUCUUAACUGGAGUACAUUUUACUGGAGUUUGCCCGUCCAAUUCAUCCUCCUCUUCCUCAUUACUUUGUUCCUUCUCUGGAUCACUGGACACAAACAAUCGAUCAACCAAGCAACGAGAAUAUUACCAGCAAACCAAGCAGCAAGAAUGACCGAUAAACCGGGGAUGACGACUGGUGGCGGAGAUGAUGCGGGCAGCAUCAUGGCGUUGCUGGAACGCGUGGCGGGCCUCAUGGACAGCGUCCAGGUCACACAGCAGCGCAUGGAGGAGCGUCAGCUUGAGCUGGAGAGCACGGUCAAAACCAUCCAGGCCGAUGUUGUCAAACUGACCAAUGAGCACGCCAACACCAGCUCUACCGUCGACCGGCUGCUGGAGAAAACACGGAAGGUCAGCCGGCACAUCAAGGACGUCAGGGUGCGUGUGGAGAACCAGAACAUCAGGGUCAAGAAGGUGGAGGCCACUCAGGGUGACCUCCUCGCCAAGAACAAGUUCAGGGUGGUCAUUUAUCAGGGUGACCAGGAGGUGAAAUCCGUCGCCCCGGGAAACGAGCCAGAGGAGCCCAGCAGCAGCGGGGCCCGGGCCAGAGCCGAGGUGGAGCCCGACAAGUUCGAGCUCCCUCCAGAGUCGGACGAGGAGUACAUGGUGGUGGAGGAGGCUGACUCCUCGGCAGCCAGCCGCAUAAAGAAGACGGGGCUGACGCGCAUCGAGAGCUUCAAAGCCACCUUCUCCAAGGAGAACAUGACCAAGACCCGCGAGAACCUGGGCACCAAGGUGAACAAACUCGGUGAGCGCAUCGUGACGGCCGAGAGGCGCGAGAAGAUCCGCCAGUCCGGCGAAAGGCUGAAGCAGUCGGGAGAGAAGCUGAAGGACACCAUCACCAAGAGUGUCCCAGCCAAGCUCAACCUGAAGAAGGAGAGGACUGUGGCAGAGGGCCAGGAGGGAGCCGAGGGCGUCACGGAAGGAGCUCUGCCCGUCCCUCCUCCCAAGGGCCGCAAGACCAGCCCUCAUGCCGCCAGGCCGGCCGAAGACGAGGGCAGAGCGGAGGGAUCUGAGGUGCCGAUGUACGACAUGAAGCAGCUGUCCUAAAACCAGAUCUGGGCCCUUUCUUUGGACUUCUGAGACACACUGAGAGGAAGGUUUUUGGGUAGCUGUACAAGAAUAAAUGAUUCAUUAAAAAAUAAAAUAAAGAUUAUUUUGUGUUGAACACUUGAAGGAAGCGAGCAGAGAACAGAUCCAAUCAGACUGAACAUCAAACCCAACUGUGCUUCCGGACAUUUACCAUCAAAUCCUGAGUGAAGUUAUUUUUCUGUCUCAUGUUCAAUAAACAGUGAGCUGGAAAACUGAAGAACAGACUUCAGACGUUCCCUGCAGAGUUUCUGCUGCAUGUUGCUGAGACUGAGCUGAUGAUGAAGCUGUGAUGGGUUUAUGGCACGUUUGGUUCUGGAGAAGAGUUUUACUGUCGGUGCAGGUGAAAUGAUCAGAGGUUACAGCCUCUGGUUAAAGUGGAGGCAGCGAUCAGGACGGCUGAGCAGCAUCAGUGUUAGUAACACAAAGAUCACAGAAUGGGAUCAUCCACACAACACUAACAUCUAAAUCCACGGCAGGAACUCUUCCAGUGUCCUGAAAACUCUGCGAUGCUGAGAUUAAAACCUGUCUGCUCAUCUUAAUGCAAUAUUUACUAAAGUCUGGUAGAAGUUUUACUGAUUUCCAGUCACUUAGCAGACGUGUGGAUAGGUGGUGGGUUGUAGAGCAGACUGAAAGCUUUAAGCUCAUCCUCUGAUUAAAAACUCAGACCCACAGAUACAGGAAGUAUAACCCUGGUGUAAGAAAGGAAACGGCAACACGGCAGCCAUCUUUUUCCUCCCAUGAUGACCAGUGUCCCAGCAGAAGCUGGGGUUUGUUAGAUCCUGUUCGAUCCAGAGGAAACAGGCUGAAAGAGUCGAUCGGGGGGAUCAUGCUUUUAUUAUGUGCUCGUUAUGAUUGAAGCUCUGGUUGUGUGUUAGAGACAGAACCUGCAGAUUCCUCCGCUCUGCCUCCUCCUCUGCAGGAAUCAGCCUCUUGGCUGGUUUUAUUCACCAACAUGAAUAAAAUCAUCAAACUAAUCCAAGUUCAUUAUGAAAUGCCUGAAAAUGGAGGAAUAAAUCUGUCAGUUACGUAUAAAGUUUGAGUUUGUCAGUGUUUUACAUGGAGACGGUCGCCAGAUGUUGAAUGUUUAGCAUGAAUGUUCCACAUCUGGAGAAACCUUCAAGAUUAAAGCCAGUGAAAGGUGAAGAGUUUCUGCAGCAGCCGCACUUCCUGCAAAUGUGUUCUUUCAAAAUAAAGUGAAGAGUCUAAAAUUGUAUUCACGACAGGUUUAAAGGUGAAGGUGGUCACAUGGUUUUAGUGGAAUGCCUACGUGGGCGCGUCUGAGUGAUUUUGAUUCAGAUUCCUGCAGCGUGGAGCAGUAAACACUUGUUUUUGUUCAUCUGGACUCAUGAAUGAUUCCAGUUAGCACAUUUCCAGCCAAUGAAACGUAACUACAGAUGAAGACAAACACAUUUAAGCUGCCUGACUCGAGUGUGGCUGCAUGCUCCCAUUUUCAGUCUGUUUUAGUUUUCAGUUUAGAGGAACGCUGCAAACUCACAAAAACUUCUUUCUUGUGAGGUUUUGUUGGCAGACUGAUAAAAGCAGCAGCAGCUGGUGUUUGAUGAGCAGACGUGUGUUUCCUGUCCUGUAAUAAUCAGCUUGUUACCGUCACAUAAUGAACUCGUGACCAAUGAGGCCGUCCUUGUGCGGUUCUCUGGCACCAGCGCUGAUUCUGACUGUGACCUUCACCUCUGCAGGGUCGCCUCUGCUCGUGGCUGAGCUCGUCAAAAUAAAAGCUUCUUCAUUUCUGUGGCUGAAGAGGAGUCUGCUCUUCUUCACCAACAGGAAAUGAAACAUUUCUCACUGAUUCUGAAAUCUUCACUUUUCUCACAAAUUCACAGUAACACACACACGGUUGUGUUUUCAUAUCCUUGUGGGGACAUCUAUUUGACAUCAUGCUUUCCUCAGCCUUUCACUCUAACCAUUAAGACUGAAUGCCUAACCCUGACCUGACUGUCCCCGACACUAAAACCACAUCCUGAGUCUCAAAAAUGUCUUCAAACUUGUGGGGACGGGCAUUUUGGUCCCCACAAAGACAUGUAAACAUGUAUACACACACACACACACACACACACACACACACACACACACACACACACACACACACACACACACACACACACACACACACACACACACACACACAGAGGCAUUAAUGACCUCACAGGUUCAUGUUUGGGGUUUUUAGCAUCUUUGUGUGUCGGUCAGAUUUAAUUCUCUCUUGUUUUGAGGUUUUGUGCCUUUUUGUUUCAUUCUUUGUGCGUUUAUUUUCUCUUUAAGCCUUUCAGGACUCGUGCUGUCGGCUUUUUCCUGCUGUGUUAUUAGUAUUUUUAAUUUCUAAACUUCUUCUAAAAGAAGGACGAUGGAACAUUGAUGUGAAAAUAAACAUGAUCAUUUAAUGUU